AUGCCUGUGUCAACAAGGCCCCUCCUCAUCCGUCAAGCCUCGACGUCCACACCGUUGACCGCUUCUGACGCAGCCGGUUCGCCGCCGCCGCCGUCAUCGUCGUCAUCAUCUACGUCAACUCGUCCUCCCAAUCAGCAUCCCCCGCAGCGGCGCAGACGAAUCGCUCUGGGUAUCCUGACAGCUGCAGGCCUCACCGCUGGGUUAGCUCUCGCCUUCGACGAACACCACAUCAUCCGCCGCAACGUCCUGACAGCAUAUACGGGCAUCUCCAUUGCACUCGACUACAAGCUCUACUUCGACCCGGAUGAUCCAGACGCUGUUGCCGGCCUUCACGAGCGCUGCGCCAAUCGCCUCUUUGCUGCUUGCGAGAAGAACCAGGGGCUCUACAUCAAGAUCGGACAGGCAGUAGGGGCCAACUCCCUCGUCCUGCCCCCGGCAUAUGCGCAGUUCACACGCAUGUUCGACGAUGUAGAGCGUAUGCCGUGGGAUGUAGCACGCGGCGUCAUCGAAGCCGAACUAGCACAGCGUGGUCAGACGAUGGACGACGUAUUCUCCUCCUUUGAUCAAGUACCCAUCGCUGCCGCCUCGGUCGCCCAAGUCCAUCGAGCAACACUCAAGGAGACGGGCAACCAAGUCGCAGUCAAGGUCCAACGCCCCUCGAUUCGCCCACAAGCCUAUUGGGAUCUCCUCUGCUUUCGCAUCCUCCUCAAAUUCUACGAACGCAUCUUCGACUUGCCCCUCGCCUACUUUGGCGGAUACAUCUCCAAUCAGAUUGAGCUCGAGACGCACUUCGACGCCGAGCUACAAAAUAGUCUGAAGAUCAAGGAGGCAAUAGCACAGGAUAAGGCGUUGGCGCACAAUGUGACUGUGCCGGAGGUGUUUCCCAAGUACUCUAGCGACCGACUUCUCGUCAUGGAUUUCAUUGGCGGUGCAUGCAAGCUGACCGAUCGCCAAAAGAUAGAGGACAUGGGGCUCAGCGUGCGCAAAGUAGCCUCGGACGUAUGCAACGUCUUUGCAGCCAUGAUCUUCCAGUACGGCUUUGUUCAAGCGGAUGGUCACGCCGGUAACGUCUUGGUCCGACGACACCCGACGGAUAAGCGUCGUGGCGCUCACCAGGUGGUUCUCAUCGAUCACGGCCUCUACGUCACGCUGAGCGACUCUUUCAGACGGCAGUACGCUCAGCUAUGGAAGAGCAUCUUUACCGUUGAUGUACCCAAAUUGGAGGCCAUCACCAGGGAAUGGGGCAUGGGCGAAGCUUCUGCCGAUCUCUUCGCUAGCGCGACACUGAUGAGGCCGUGGAGUAAUCCCGAGAAAAAGAAGAAGUCGAAGCAGCGUUUGGAGGAGGAGGCAAAGGAGGCCGAAGAAGAGAAGGGCCUCAGUCAGAAGGAGCGCCUCUUGCGUGACUUCCUCGUUCAUGUUGAGCUGGUACCAAAGGAGCUGAUCUUCGUGGGGAGGUCGAUGCGUAUCGUCCAGGCGAAUAAUCAGACGCUGGGUAGCCCAGUGAACCGCAUCAACAUUCUUGCGCGGCAUGCCGCUGACGCUCUGGUGGAUACGGUCGGCAAGGCAGCUGAGGAGCCCCUGGGAUCGGCCGGUCUGCGGGACCGCCUUGCCGCCUGGCUCCGCGUUCGUCGUGACUUCCUCGUCUUCCGCGGCGCUCUUUUCCUCCUCGACGUGGCUUUCUGGACCUCUGCAAUAUUACACUGGACAAGACGUGCCGCUGCUAGUCCACUCGAAGUCAUGGGGCUGAGAUCGUCACCUGCGGAGAAGGGAGAGGGAAAAGGCGGAUUCGAGGAUGAUCUUGAGAAGAGCAUGCAAAGGAUGGCCAAGGAAGAGCUGGGGGUGGAGCUGAGGAGUGAGGCGUUUGAGGGGUGA